UAGUGCGGGCAGAGUGUGGGCGCGAGCUCACCAGACUGGGCGCUGCCCGGACCCCGGAAGAAAGGCCGCUUGGACGAUGAGUGCCAGGAGGGAGCGUGCCCACCCUUAACGCCGCCUGCCGCGAGGUUUGCAGCCAUGAGCAGGUGCCCAAGCGCUGAGGGAGCACAAUGAAUGGCGGCGAUGAUUGCUGCGGUGUGGAUCGAGGUGGGCGCCCAGCAGUCGCACCCGUGCCCGUGGGCUGGCAGCGCAGGGUGGAAGAGGGCGGGGUGCGCUACAUCAGUCCUAGCGGCACAAGCCUGGCUUCAUUGGAGCAGACUCGUGCGUACCUGCUGGCAGACGGCACCUGCAAGUGCGGCCUGGAGUGUCCCCUCAAUGUGCACAAGGUUUUCAACUUUGACCCAGCAGCCAUGGUGACGGGAAGCGAAGGCGCCAAGGGAGACGAGGACAUGACCAAGCUGUGCAACCACCGCCGGAAAAUUGUGGCAAUGGCCACCCUCUACCGCAGCAUGGAGAGCCACGGACCACUGAGCCUGCCACACCUGGGGCCAGGGGCCCUGAACCAGCCUGCCCAGCCACCCAUGCCAGGACCCAGCAGUCAUCUGCAACAGACUCUUCCCAGCAAAGCACCCGUCCCCUUGGCCAAGGUCCCGGAACCCUACCUGCAGUGCCCUUCCGAUCGCUAUGGAAAUGCCUGGCCCGGCCAGAGCUCCUCCUUCCCGCAACACCACAACGCCCUCUUUGGGGACGUCUUCCCAGGCCGCCUGCCUGCCACCACGAACGGCAACACCCGCCUGACCUUCCCCACCGAACUGAACGCCGCUGGGGGUUCCUUUCUGCCGAACAAGGCUCUCCUGGACGCACCACCCCGGCCCUACCCCUCGAGUGGGCUUCUCUUUUCCUCGCCGGACGAGGCGGUUCCAGGCCAGGAGGGCAGCCCCUGGAGCAGCCGCCCGGUCCCGCUGGGGUCGCAGACGAGCGCCACCGGCUCGCCCGCCCCCACCACCCUCUCCUCUGUCUCUUCCCCGGCAGGCAGCACCGAGCCCUCCCCACAACGCUCUCGGCAUUCCUCUGCUUCCUCAGAGCAGGGCCUCGCCGGGCACCGGCUGGCCCCCAAGCCCUCCGGCUCGGAUGCAGCGCCCCCGGCCAACGCCUUAAUCUACCAAAGCAGCAAUAACCUGCCCUCAGUGCCCUUAGGAGUUGCCCCCGAAGGCAAAGGACCGCCCGGCCUGCUGCUCCUGCACCCACAGGGCCCCGGCUCCUUCCCAGCCAGCAGUCUGUUGAGCGCAGCCGCCAAGGCCCAGCUGGCCAGCAGGGGGCGUCCCGACGAGCUGGCUGCCAGCACUUUACCCAGCCGCUUGCUGCUUUCCGUGGUGGGUGGGCGGCCGCCUCGGCGCCAGCGCCGCUCCCCCACCGUCCUGCGCCUGCUCAAGGACUCCCACGCAGGGCAGGCUGCAGCCGCCCACACUGCGGAGGCGCCGGCUCGACACCCCCGGCCUCAGGACCAGCCGUCGGCAGGAGAGGCCAGGAACGGACCCCCGAGCUCGGCGGCCCCGGUUCAGCCGCUGUCGUCUCUGCUCAGCCUGCUCAGUCCUCCCGUGAGCUCACCGGCACCCGGGCUCCCCCCACUGCCCCCAACCCCCACUGGCGACGGCCCCAGCCCGUUGCCUUCCUUUCAGGACUUCAACAGCCAGCUCCUCAGCCUCUUUGGGCAGCUGGCCUCGGCGUCUUCCGAACACUUCUCAGGGAGCCCCCCGCAGCCAAAACCGCCCGUCUCCCCACUCGGUCCCCACGGCCCCCCAGGUACCGCCUCUGUGUCACCCUUGACUCCCAAAGCCCCUCCGGCGCCAAGCCCCAUCGCCGCUCCCGCCAGCACCAUGGAGGGAGGAGGCCUUAGCUGCCCGCUGCCCUCGGGCACUGAUACUUUCCACUUCCUGGCACAGGAACAGGCGCUGCCGUUUGGGAACACUCUACCUCCGGGGCUUCUCCCACUGGGCUCCUUCCCCUUCUCGUUGACCCUGGGCCCCGAGACGCCCCUCCCUCCUCUCAAUCUGCAGGGGGAGCCAGAGGGACAGCCCUUGUUGCCUCUGGUGCUGCCCGGCUUGGAUUUGCUGCAGCAGCCGAGUGGACUUUUGGCAUCGCUGCUGGCGUUGCCGGGGGCGCCGUGUGAGGGGGAGAGGGAAGCAACCGCAGAGCCCCUGCUGGAGCCGUUUGCCAGCCUCCCUGAAACGCUGCAGCCUCUGCUUUUCCCAGCACUUUCGACCCCUUCAGCUGUCCUAGCUUUAAAUUCAGCACUGUUGGCAACCAGCCUGGGCCAUUCGGACAUGGGGCCGGGCCCUACACAGACCGGCCUGGCUAGCACUCCUGUGGCACCUACCUCCACUAGCACGACAUCGACGACUACUGAGGGCACCGCCCCCAGCACCUCAGGGAGGCUCAAUCCCCUGAUCCCCCAGCUUGUGAACCCGCUGCUGAGUACCACGCUUCUGGGUGACCUGUCAGUGCUGAACUCAGCCCCCGGCCCCUCUUUGAUCGGCAACCCCCUGCUUCAAGCCCAGCAGCCCCUUCUGCCCCCCAACCUGCAAGGGCCUCUGGGACUCCAGCUUUUCCAAGGACAGCUGCCCCUCUUAGCAGGCUCCAACCCCCUGGCCUGCCUCCUCCAGAGCUUGCAACUGGGCCCUGGCUUCGCCGCCCCCGAGAAGCCGGUGCUACCGUGCGAAGCUCCAGCCCCCCCUUUGCCCAGCAUCCCCCCCGCGCCAGAGACAGAGCCCGGCCACAGCACUGUGUUGCCCCCCUGCACGGACGCCGUCCCCACAAGUGCCUUAGAGACGCCCAGCGCCCUCGAGCCAGCCAGGCAAGGACAGCCAGAGGCCCCUUUGGGGCAGGAGGCCGGCGGCUCCCGCUCCCCCCUGAAGCGACUUCGCCGGGGCGCCGAGGAGCUGAACGGGGACGCCGGCGGCAGCCUCUCUCGCGGGCCGGGCCGGGGCAGCAAGUCUGGACGGCGCGGCAGCGGGCGGGGCAGGGGCAGACGGCACUUCAACGGCCAGCUUCCGGAGUUGGGCGUGGGGCAUCCGCCCCACCCCACCUGGCACUGCAAUGGAGAGAUGCUGGCCGACAGCACGGAUAGCCAAGCGGGGGCAUUUGCGGGGCAGGAGAUCAAGGGCCCCCCUGGAAGGCGACCGUCUCGACGUGGCCGGAGAAGGAAAAGCAGUGGCCCCAGGCCUAGCGCCCGACCUGAGCCUGCACGGAUCCGGGGGCCCAGUGCAGAUCUGGGGCCCAGCCCAUUGGUUGACUACACUGUUGUGCGGCGGCCACGGCCCGGCCGGCCCGUGAAAAACAGGAGGAGGAAACUGCCGACCUAGCCGCGCCGCCGAAGCCGAGGGAGCUUCCACCACUG